AUGAGCACACCUCCUCCCUCUCAAGGAUCUCCCUUUUCGGACAGAAUGACUCCUCGCAAAUCCUAUGUGGGCGAGCGUAGCAAUGUUCCGGACGCCGAGCUUCGGGAUGUUAUGCGUCGCAAUGACCCAAACGAAAAACGCACCUACCCAGCGGUCUUUUAUACCUCGGGACAUUCCAGCAUGCGUGUUAGACCUCCCUAUUGGCGCGUUGCAUUGGAGUCUGACUACCAAGCUGUUCGGUAUCUGUCUGAUGAACUACUCGACGAGCUGAUCGAGCACUGGCGUGGCUACAUGAAUGGGCGAGACCUUCCGACAUCCUACCGAGAGGAGCAAAAGAAUUGGCUGCAAUGGUGCAGGUUUGAACGUGAAAAAUACAUGCAGAAUGGUGUUCCCUAUCCUGAAGGCUAUGCGGUUUUGGGGCCAGUAAAGGAGCCCAUGGCGCCCAUCUCCGAGUCUGUCGCAUCUACGCUGGCACCCGAGGGCAUGGGCGAUGAGAAUACCUUUGCUGCAUUCUCUUCACCUUUUCGUGGAAUAUCUUCUCUCUCUACUCCUGACCGUGGAGCUUCUACCCCUGUUCAUGGGGUCUCCACCCCUGUCCGAAUAUUCUCCUCUCCUGUUCCCAAGUUUGAGCUUAGCCCCCUACCUUCAUCGACCGCUGAAGCCGCUGAAGCCGCACUAAACGAGAUAUUUGGUACCCCGACUCCCAGCCGCCACGUUUCUAUGCCUGUCCAUACGACUCCAUUGGCUCCUCCCCCCCGUCCGAACCCUGUCAAGACCCCUAAGAGUUACAAUGGGUUAAACGUCUCAGCCCCGAUGACUUUCCUGAUGGACGUUCACUCUCAGAUGGAUCAGGCCGCGAAAAGACUCACAGAAAUCGGUCUCCUCGGCGACUCGCUCAAGGAAGCCGCUGAUCACCUUCUUCAACUGAUAUUGCCUGAUAGCACUGUGAAAUCUCCCUCUCCGGUCGCUCGUCGAUCUCGUCUGUCGAAUCCCCGUACUCGUUCUUGCUUUGAGGAUGAGGAUGACGGGCCAGGAAAACUUAACAUCCGCCGGGUUCGCCGUCGUAUCUAG